GAGUAAGCAGACUAGUAGAGAUCUACCAGAAACUAACAUCAUCUUUCUGUUCAUCUGGAGAAAGGAAAGUAGACGGGACGGUAGUCAGGGGACGCUGUAGAUGGAGAACUUCAAGCCAGCAUUUGACAUUCUGAUCUCACAAGUACGAAAAACAGGCAGUUUUUACCUGACCUUCUUUGCUGUUUUUCUUUACCACGUUGUGUUUGACCACUUAAAAUGCUCUUGUGAAGAUGGAGUUAAACCAGACCUUACAUAUGAGCAGGUUAUUUUCUACAUGGUGUCUCCAGCUCUGAUCUUCUUUCUCUUGACUCUCUGGAUGGAUGGAGAGUUUCAACGAAUCUUGAGAAUUACAUGCAGAUGCAGAUUUAUUUUUUUGGGAAGACUGUUGGGAAUCCUCUUUAAAGCAGCCUCUAUAGGGUUGCUGUGGGUUGUGUCUGUGCUUUUUGAUGGGGACUGGUACGUGUGCUAUCAAAGACCAAAUCAUAACUGCAGAUACAUCACGGAUAAUACAACAUACCAAACGGACCUAGAAAAGCAAAUUAAUUUCAAAAGGGACUCCAUGGUUUAUGGCUCAGAACUGGUUCUGUUUCUGCUUUUUGGGAAUUCUAUUCUGACUGCAGUAUCUUGGAGAGAUAUCUGUUCUAGACUUUGCUGGUGUAUCAAACCUUACUACAAGGCACUCUAUAAAGAGAAUCUUUACGAAGAGACAGAAAUUCUUAUUGAAAAAGACUUAAAGAAAACAGCUCAGGAGUGUGUAGUUCUUUAUAGCAGAGAACUACUACCGCCCCUUUUGAAUGCAGCCCGUAGAAACCCCACCACACAGGGAGAAGGUGGGUCAACCAUUACAGCCACCGCCACACAGGGAGGAGGCGGGGCAACCAUUAAAACCACCACCACACAGGGAGGAGGCGGGGCAAGAAGCAGCACCACCCAUCCUGAGGUGGAAGAUAGAGUGAUCACCAUUGACAACCUUGAUUUUAACAUUAUAUCUGAUCUAUAUAAUCAUAUAAUUGAUCAAAUCAACAUAGAAGAUAGAACAAGGAGGAACACGCAACCACUACUAACCUCAACUACCAACCCCCCAGCUCCCUCAACUACCACCAGCCCCACUCCCUCAACUACUACCAACCUCCCAGCUCCCUCAACUACCACCAGCCCCACUCCCUCAACUACCACCAGCCCCACUCCUUCAACUACUACCAACCCCCCAACCCCCCAGCUCCCUCAACCACCAGCCCCACUCCUUCAAGAAGACGGACAAACAACGGAAAUGUUGGAAAUGUCAAAUCUUGGUUCUAAUAUGUAAAAUGAUAUAGACAUUCAUAGUAUCAUACACUGUAUGUGAACCGUUUGUGAAAACUGUGGCUUUCAAGUGAAAUACUAAAAUAAGCCACAAAAAUAAACUGUAGCGAGUAGAGACCCUGUGUUUCUAAGGCUUCUUCUGUCUCACAAUAAACUGUGUUUCUGGUUACAAUUGCAGCAAUAGUUUGGUACAAUACAAUUAGUAUGGGUUAUAUGAGGGAGAGUGAACAACUGUGGGUGAUAAACCUCAACAACUAGCCUGUAUAAGUCUGUAUAAUGUCACAGGGUGGAUAUGUGAGCCGUGUGGCAAACAUGAGCCUGUUAGACCACAGUGAUGGUUGACAGGCUGUUCUAAAUCAUCUUUACUUCUAGGCUAUAACCAAUGUAAUCUUCAUUAAUGCAUAUAUGUUAAUAUAACCAAUGAAUUACUUUUGUCCUUGAUGCUAAAGUUCACAUUUUGUUACUGUUGAUUAUCGUCUGUCUUUAUGUCAAUCUUUAAAGAACAAUUCAAAUAAACUCAGCAAAAAAUAAACGUCC